AUGUUCAAGCGUCUCGUCACCGUCGCCCCCCGCGUCGGCGUUGCGGCGCCCCGUGCCUUUGCUCCCCUCGCAGGCCUGCAGUCCGUCCAGCCUGUCCAGCGUCAGACCCCUGCCCCGGUUCAGCGGAGAAGUUACCACGAGAAGGUCCUGGACCACUACAAUAACCCCCGCAAUGUCGGCUCCAUGAAGAAGGGUGACCAGGACGUUGGUACCGGUCUCGUCGGUGCCCCCGCUUGUGGCGAUGUCAUGAAGCUCCAGAUUCGUGUGAACAAGGAAUCCGGUCGCAUUGAUGAUGUUGUCUUCAAGACAUUCGGCUGUGGUAGUGCUAUUGCUUCUUCGUCGUAUCUGACUGAGCUCGUCCGGGGAAUGACUCUGGAGGAGGCCGGCAAGGUUAAGAACACUGAUGUGGCGAAAGAGCUUUGCCUGCCCCCUGUCAAGCUACACUGCUCUAUGCUUGCCGAGGACGCCAUCAAGUCCGCUAUCUCCGACUACUACACCAAGAACCCCUCGGCCCGAUCCACUGAUCUUUCCGGGACGGGUGCCUCCAUGGCCAACGUUAAGGUCGAAAUCGACCAGCCCUCCACCGGCAGCCCUGCCGCUUCUCUGUAA